AUGAUGAAUGCAAAUGGGUUCUUUUUCUUCAAGUUUGAAGACAGAAAGGGUAUGGAUGAUGUUCUUGAAGGGGGACCUUGGAUGAUCCGUAACAAACCUAUGUUUCUCAACAUUUGGUCCCCUACAAAUACCCUUAAAAAAGAAGAGCUUAAAAAGGUUGCAGUUUGGGUUAAAUUGCAUGACGUCCCUCUAGUGGCGUAUUCUGCUGAUGGUUUAAGCAUGCUGGCGUCCAAAAUUGGGUCUCCUGUGCGCGUUGAUUCGUAUACAACUGAUAUGUGUAAUGAGGCUUGGGGAAGGAUCAGUUAUGCUAGGGCUCUGAUUGAAAUAUCGGCUGAUCAGGAGUUGAAAGGGACUCUAACCAUGGCUAUUCCUGAAUUGGAUGGAAACAAAUAUGUUACGGAGACUAUUAGGGUGGAGUAUGAAUGGGAAACCCCGAGAUGUGCUCAAUGCUGUGUGUUUGGGCAUGACUCUGAGGGAUGCCCUAAACGUAUUGGCUCAACAUCCAAACCUCCUACUAACAGGCUGAAAGUAGAUGAGGAUGGUUUCACUGAAGUUAAGGCUAAGAAAAGUGCAAAGAAGAAUGGCUUUCAAGUUAAUAACCAAAAGCCCAAAUUUGAGUAUAGACCGGUCGAUAGGAAGAAAAAUGUUGUUGCAAAUCAGCAGGGUACUACUUCUCCUAAAAUUCAAACUCAUAAUCCGUUUUCUGCUCUUGCUUCUGUUGGGGGAAAUGGUGUUUCAAUCCAAGGGAGAAAGAAAGGGGAUAGACAAGUUCAUGAGGGUUCAGAUGAGGAAGAGGGUGAGGUUGUCUAUGAUGAAACCAUUGACUUUAUGACUUCGGGUACAUAUCCUUCGUCUUCAAGAUCAGGGGCAAGCACCUCUUCUACAAAGUUCUCCAAUGGAUAG